AUGCAGGGAGCAGAGGACUCGCGUCCCCGGAGCAUCGAGAGCCAGGUGAAAGAACGAGACCCAGGGGCGGAGGGGCUGUCCGGAGUGACAGCGAGAGCCACCGCUUCGCGCUCCGCCUUGCAAACCGCGCCGGAGCCGGUCGGUCCGCGCCCACCCCCGCCCCCCGCGCAGCGGCCCCAGCAGCGCAGGCGCUGCGAUGCCCAGCGCGGCCGGCAGGGGCGGCGUUGCACCGGCUGGGCGCUCGCUCCUCAGCGGCUGCGGCCCCCGGUCCCGGCGCCCCAGCUGCGUCGCCACCCCGCACCCCACCUGUAUCCCAGCCGCCCGCACGGGCCAUCCCAGCCCGGCCCCCACCUGUAUCCCGGCCCGGUCCCGGCCCCGCGAACCCAGCCAGAUCUUCCCGCCUGUAUCCAGCACCCCCUGGACCGCAGCGCCGCCCCACCUUGCCCCACAGGGCUGCCCCACCUUGCCCCGGACACGCACGGAGCCGCCCUGCUGGCCCCGCAGCCCCGCCUGGGCCCACCACCCUCUCGCUGGACAGUGGAGACCCGCGGACCCCCCACAGGCCACCCUCCACCCGUGGCCGAGGAAGGGGGACAUCCCUCCACCCCGUCCCCCUGA